AGAACCGGCAGUUGUCAGAGCGGGGAUCGGCACCGAUCAUCAGGGCACUGAUUAGUGCCCUGAUGAUCGGUGCCCAGCAGUGCCACCCACCAGCUCCGCCCACCUGUGCCCAGCAGUGCCACCCACCUGUGCCACUCACCUUGCCCAGCAGUGCUGCUAUCAGUGCCGCCUAUCAGUGCUGUCUAUCAGUACCCAUCAUCAGUGCUGCCUAUCCAUGCCACCUCAUUAGUGCUGCCUAUCAGUGCCCUUCAGUGCUGCCUCAUCAACGCACAUCAGUGAAGGAGAAAAAUUACCUGUUUGCAAAAUUUUAUAAUAGAAACAAAGAAAAAUUUUUUUUUUCAAAUUUUUUUGCGCUUUUUUUGUUUAUA